AUGUACGUGUUGACCCUCGUGGACUGGUUCGCCUACUUCCCGUCGAAUGUCCUCUUCUCUACACUUGAAUGUAUCGUGGUUGGAUGGUGCUAUGGUACGGACAGACUACAACGCGACAUCAAGGCGAUGUGGGGGAAGGCUAUACCGCGGAUUAUGAUGAUAGCCAUCAAAUGUGUGUGUCCGAUGUUGUUGGUGUGUGUGUUCUGCUACUCCCUGUAUUCCUACCGCCCUCCCAAGUAUGGAGACUAUGACUACCCUCCAUGGGCCACAGGAAUCGGAUGGAUGGUGUCUCUGGCUUCAAUCCUGCCCUUUCCGGCUGUCUUUGUGUGGAGAGUAUGGCGGUCACAUGGAAAUACCGUUAAAGAGAAAUUCCUGACAUCGAUGGAACCAAACAAGAAAUGGCGUGAAGCAUCUGGUCGUGGCACACAGGAGGACAUUGCUUAUCCAAUGACUAAUGUGGAGGAGCUAGCCUAAGAGGAUUCAGUGUUAGAUAACUUGGGUCAGAGCACGCGUUUUUUUUAUUGAAAGGUAUUUAAUCACAAGCAAAAGGAUUAGGCACAAGUUUUCACAACACAGGUUGCCCUCUCCUAAAAUAUA